CUUUCAGUUUCUAUAUAAAAUAAAAUAUAUAAAUUAACGACAAAAUUUUGCCUCCAUGGGCUUAACACCACACUAUUAUAUAAAUAAUCAAGCGGAAAACAAAAUGCCUCAACAACAAAAUACCUUAAAGAUAAAAAGGAGCUUCAAGAGAAGGCGCUUUAUGGAGAAUAUACUAUGUGUCAGUAUGGCCAUCAUUGUUGUGAUGACACAGCAAUUAGACAGAGCACAAGCGGUUCCUGCCAUGGGUAGUGGUUAUUUGAGGCUUUAUGGGGAUAUUCCCACACAACAAGUACAGCAGCAACAAUUAUGGCAUCAACGUUACAUACGAGAUGUGGGCGCUUCACUGUCGGCCAGUUUGCACCAGCAGCAGCAACAACAAAAGGAAAAUCUCAAAGAUUCUUUGCAGCAAAGUUCUUCCACAGAAGUCUCGUUGGAACAACCACAAGGCCAAUGUCUAUUGGAUGGUGAAUAUGUGCCAGAAACUACGGUAUUCUGUGAGAAACAAGUGGGUUGUCGUGCCAUACAAAAAACAGGACACUGUUGUCCUGAUUAUAAAUGUGAUUGCCAAAAGGAUGGUAAAACUUAUUUAAAUGGUGAUAAGUUAGUAGAUCCGGAGACACCAUGCACUGUUUGCUACUGUCAAGGAGGAGAAAUUUUAUGCAGUUCUGUUACUUGUUUCCAUCGUGAUGAUUGUACGCCCAAAUAUAUACCAGGUGUUUGUUGUCCAGAAUAUGAUAAUUGUCCAGUCGCCACCUCUGAAUCAACGGCCAAUAAAACUCUAGCCAUGACCUCAACCACCUCAAAGCCGGAAAUACAUCAAGCGGAAAAUAAUCCAAAAAUAACCAUAAAAGAGAUCACAAAACCUAUAGAAAUUCGUAUAACAGACGACAAUAAAGCCAUACCCAUACAUCAAAUGCUCAAGCCAUCGACAACAUCCACAACGACAACAACAACCACCACCCCAAGUACAACAAGCACAACAUCCACCACAACAGUGCCACCACCAACAUUAUCAACCACAAUAUAUGCCGUCUCAACAACACCAACACCCCAUCACACAGAUGCUAUAAACCUAGACCACAACCAACAAACGGGCGAAAGCUUUGAAUACAUUAGUACAGACAACCACCAACACAAGAACGGUGUAGUUACGGCCAAAGGCCAAAUUAAUAGUGGCGACACUUUAAAACUAAGUGCUUCUGUGGCAUAUCCCUCCACGGCAUCGGCUUUAAGUUCUACAUUUUCGACCUCAGAUUCAAGUUUAGAAGUGGAAGACCCUGUGCCCGCCUUAUCGGUAUUUAGUACUCAAGGUUUGCCCGAAGAUCCCAGUAAGGUGAACAUUAAGCGAGAGUAUUUUAUUACCACUGAGGGUGUAGCUAGUGGUGCUGGAGCAAUUUUUGAUGGUUUCGGUAGUGGUGAAUAUCCAAAUUCAGAGCUGAUCUACACUCAAUCAGCUCAAGGUCAACAGGCGGCUUUUAAUACGGGUUUGCAGCAGUCAUCGGCAGAAUUAGAUCCUGAUACAGCGGGUAGUGAUAAUAUUUAUCAUAUUAUAUUGACCACUGAUGGCCCCAGAUUAACUUCAACCUCGGAAAAUUAUUUGGCGCUGAAGGGAGUUUCAACAACAGAGGGUUCACCCUUUGAUGACCUCUCAGCCAGUUCCUUAAAUCCUCUAGACACUAACAACAAUUUGGACACAAACAACAAAGAUGCUCCCACCACAGAGGGGCCCUCGAAACAGGACUACUACCACAAGCCAUCUACCGAGUCAGCACAACAUCAACAUUUAGAUGAUGAAGACUCUGCCAUACCUCCAGAAAGUAAUCCAGCUUAUCCUUCUCUACCCGAAGAUGAUUUUAGUUUGAGAGACAAUAAUUUCCAAAUCAAUGAUUCGGAUGAUGUAGGCGAUGAGCCCAGGAGUAUAGGAGGUAUUCACAGCAUAGCCGCCACCUAUGAAGCUUUUAAAAGCACCAAACAUUUAGAUGAUCAUACGUAUGGAAGUGGUAGCGGUAGUGGAAGUGGCAUGUUGCUAGAUGAAUUAGUUAAUAUAAUGCCUUCAGCUACCACAGAGGGUAGUGGUGGAGAGUUAAUGAUGCAACAACAGUCCACGGAAAAUUAUGAUAAGAUGAAAUCGGCCGAGGUAAUACAAUUAAUGUACUCUGCUGAGGACUCUUCAGAGGAGACCAGAAUAACCAAUACAAGUGAUUUUAAAAUGGCUAAAGACAUGCCUCAACAUGCCAUGAAACUAGAUGAUACAUCUUUAGAAUCUGCCGAAGCUAGACAACAAAUGGAAUUUGAAAUGGGUUCGGGAUCAGGUGAAAUAAAAUUCGCCAAACAACAGAAAGAAAGAGAACCCACUACGGCAAGACCAAAUAAAAAAUCAGCCGAUAUAGAUAUAGAUGGAAUGCAAGAUGCUUCGGGCAAUGGUCCCCAGGAAGAUCCUAAACUGGAUGUAGAAAGUUUGAAACUAGAUGAAACAGCUGAUGAUGCUGCCGAUAAGGCAGCCAAAAAUAAUAUAUUAUCGGUUAAGAUACAGCCAGCACAAGAUAAACAAUUGCAUGAUGAUUUGCAUUAAGAAAAAGAAAAAAGCUCAACUAAAAACCGAAAAUAAACUACAACAGUAAGCAAGAGAGAGAUAGAAACAAGAGAGCCGUUAAUGAGUAUUUUUUUUUUUAAUUUCAUUCAACCAUUUUAUUUUUUUAAAGCAAAUGUAAAUACAGACAAGAUUUAUUAAAUUUAUUAUACGAACUAAAGAAAAUGAGUUAUUAAAUUUUAUUUAGAGACUGUAUUUUCAAAAGGUUUUAAUAUUUAAAUUAAAGCUUAAAAGCUAACAUUGUUACAUUUAGCAACUUUAAUUUUUUAGUUUAAGUUUAAACUUUAACGAGAGCAAAAGCUAAUUAUUAAAUUAAGAGAAAUUUAUUUAAACAAAAAAAAAACAAGUCAUUGUUGCAAUAUUUUAAGCACUAAAGAGUAAA